ACCUUUCAUGAUAACAGUAAUAUACCAUUCCGAAACAUGACACUGAAGAAGCAGAGGAAUCUAACUCUUGUUACAUCUAUCUUAUAAAGGAACAAACUUUCAAUCUGAACUUAAUUGAGUUUUCUCUUAUCUGAAGCAUUGCUCUCUCCUCUUCUGUCAUGAAAUCCUGCAUAAGCCUAAAGCUGAGGUUGAGGCUUCCACCUGCCAGAAAGGCAUGGAAGAGCUUCACUUCUACAAUUGGUAAACUGAGUAAGUCCAAAUCCAAAUCCAUGAAGAAACCUAGAAAGCCUUCAAAACCUAUCACCAAACUUGCUACCUCCAAGGCCCCUCCAAAGUUCAUCGUUGGCAAGCGUUUUUUUCGCCACAAAAGGUUAGUGACAGUGAGAAAUUUGAUCUUGGGGUUCCACAAGAAGCCUGCACCUGUGUACAUUGAUAAGCUCUUUAAGGAGCCUUCAUGUGAGUUGGUGGGGCAGUUGAAGUUGAAGCCACCCACAGCACAGAAACCACGAACUAAAAGGGUCUCUGGGGAAGAAGGAACAAGAAAGAGUGGUGGUAGAUCUUGUGGCUCAGAUGGUAUGUGGGAGUCACUGGCGUUGGCGUCACCUCAGAUGCAGGGAAUAGAUGAACGAGCAGAGGAGUUCAUCACUAGAUUCAGACAAGAGAUGGCGGCGCAAGAGAUGAUAGCAAGAAAUUUGUAGCACAUGUUCAGGAUCUUAGUGAAGAAAUUCUGGAAUGUACAUGUGAAUAGAAUUCUUCAAGGAUCCAAAAGAAAGAGUUUUAUUCGAUGUUUAUGUUUGUUAAGGCUUUUUGUUUGACAUCCAAAGUUGCGAUGAUGCAUAUUGGAGAUUAGUAGUUAUUGAGUUUUUUUGUGUUUUGAUA